AUGUUUGUCUUCGCAACAACAAGCGCUCAUCGUAGGACGUAUCAACCACUUCCUACGGGUUUUCACGGGAGCUUCCUUUGGACCCGGAACUGCGUUUUCACGACAGCACCUUUACGGCUGGCUAGCCAGCAGCUACGCCCCGAUCUCUUACGUAUUCGGGCUAGUGCUGCAGCGCCGUCGAGUCCAGCUCCGUCUCCAGCACCGGAUGCGAGCCAGGAUAACCAGGAGCGUCCUGAUUCGACCGCGUUUGUCGACCAGAGAAUUCCAGUCAGCAUCCUGACUGGUUUUCUGGGAUCCGGGAAGUCGACGCUUCUCAACCGCAUCCUGGCAAACCAGCAAGGCAAACGAUACGCGGUUAUUGAAAACGAGUUUGGUGAGGUCGGUAUCGACGAUGAGCUCGUGAAAAGCCAUAUCCUCUUAGAGGGCGGAGAUGAAAUCUUCGAAAUGAAUAACGGUUGUCUCUGCUGCACAGUUCGGAGCGACCUUGUUCGGAUUCUGCGUCGUUUGUUGACCCGGAGUACAAAGUACGAUGGAAUUCUCAUCGAGACGACGGGAAUGGCGGACCCCACGCCCGUCGUCCAGACGUUCUUUCUGGACGAAACGCUUGCCGACUUUCUGCGCCUGGACGGCGUCAUCACCGUCGUGGACGGCAAGCAUCUGGCAAUGCAUCUGGAUCCAAGACAUGGGGUACGACGGGAAACUGUCGAGCAAAUCGCCUUUGCGGAUCGUUUGCUCUUGAACAAAAUCGACCUGGUGACGCCGGCUCAACUCCGAGAAGCCGAAGAAACGCUGCGCGCACUGAAUAGGACGGCCCCAAUCAUCCGCUGCGUCCGCGCAGAGGUACCCAUUGACGAACUCCUUAACAUGCGAGCCUUUGAUCUGGAAAGAAUUACCGAGCGAGAUCCCUUUUUCCUGGCAAUGGAAAAGACCUCUUCUGAGGACGACCAUGAUCACCAUGAUCACCAUGAUCACCAUGAUCACCAUGAUGAUCACGGAGAGGCAGCACCAGUGAACGGUCAUGCUUCGCAUGUCCACGACCAUACAAUUCGCUCCGUUGGUAUCUGUGAACCUGGCGACCUCGACGUGGACCGUUUGAACGAAUGGCUCGGUGGGUUUCUCAGCGAGCGCGGCGAGGAUAUCUUUCGAAUGAAAGGGAUUUUAAGCAUCGCUGGAACGGAUCGGCGGUUCAUAUUCCAGGGCGUCCACAUGCUCUUCGAGAGUAUGGCCUCGGAACCCUGGGGAACCGAUCCUCGAAUCAAUCGAUUGGUCUUCAUUGGACGCAAUUUGGAUCGGCAAGCCAUUCAAGAGGCGUUUCGGGCCUGUCUCGUUCCUCCAAGCUGA